AUGUCAACCGAGAAAGAAGCUAAGAUACAGCAAGCUCUGGUUGACCCAACCAAAAAGAGGAAAGCGGAAGACGAGAUCGAAAUCGACUUGAAAAGUUCAGUGCCAUUAUCGAAGAAACAGAAACGUCUAUUAAGGAGAGGUAAAAUUACUCUAGAGGAGUUGAAUAAGAAAUUCAACAUUGAUCCUACCUCUGUUGAAGAAUUCGAGAAGGAAAAUGAAGCAAAAGGUUCAAGUGAAGAGGAAAAUUCCAACAGCAUACCGUCUGACUUUGACGAACAGAAGGCAGUCAAGAAGGAGAAGAAGUUUGGGGUAUGGAUCGGUAAUCUGUCGUUUGAUACAACUAAGGAAGAUAUAAUGAGAUUUAUCAUCGCGAAGAGUAAAGGCUCUGAAGACAAAAUACAAAUCAGUGAAGAGGAUAUAAUCAGGGUACAUAUGCCACUUGCUCAAAACGAUGGUAAGAAGGUAAAAAAUAAAGGAUUUUGCUAUAUGGAUUUCAAGACUAGGGAGCAAAUGGAGUACGUCGUUACAUUAAGCGAAGCGCAUUUGAAUGGCCGAAACCUGCUGAUCAAGAACUCCAAGAAUUUCGAUGGCAGGCCUGAUAAGAAUGAUCUGGUCUCCAUGUCAAAGAACCCGCCUUCGCGAAUCCUCUUUGUUGGUAACUUGUCAUUCGACACCACUGACGAUUUACUGAAAAAGCACUUCCAGCAUUGUGGUGAGAUCGUUAAGAUUAGGAUGGCAACUUUCCAAGACAGUGGGAAGUGUAAAGGAUUUGCCUUUGUUGAUUUCAAAGAGGAGGAAGGUGCGACUAAUGCCUUGAAAGAUAAAAGCUGCCGAAAGAUUGCUCAAAGACCCAUAAGAAUGGAAUACGGUGAAGAUAGAAGUAAAAGGCAGGUUAAAAAGAAGCCCCAGGAGACUCAAACAAAAAGAUUUGAUCUUCCAACCGACAAUGAAAGUAAGAAAUCCGAAAGAAAGGACAACAGACCAGCUGAAAAGCCGCCAACAAGGAGCUUUAAAAAGAGAAACCCUAACGUUGAUUCCAACAAUCGUUUGAGAAGUAGCGUUGCUCUUGCGUCUGCCCCAAGGGCAUCUGCUGCUAUCGUACCUUCCACUGGUAAAAAGGUCAAGUUUGACUGA